UUCUAGAAGGUGGCGAAGAGAGAGAGAGGAGAGAGAUUGUGAAAUCAUGGAAAUGGUUUGUUGUUGUCUGAAGGAAUAACCUAUGCGACAAAAUGUAUACAAUUCAACGGCGAUCUUCUUUUGCAUCGUCCCGGGGUAGCAGUUGGGGCUAAGGAAGGCUAAUCUGAUUGCUGCUGGCUGGUGACUUACCUUAGAAGCUGGUGUUGGACUGAAGCAGCCAGCUAGGGCCAUGAGCCAGAAGUCCCUCUUCCCUCUGAGGACGAGAGCCAACAUGGAGGUUUAGACCAGACAGACGCUGAGCAAGUGUUCAGUGCCGUGGGUCCUCUGCCUGGGAAUGGAGUGGUGUCAGCUGCAGACUGGAUGACGGGGGUCUUCAGGGAUAGCCCACUGCUACUCCGUUACGUUGCGGUAACACUGACGGCGAGAGACAUCCUCACCCCGGCGACCACAACAGAAUCUACCUCUUUUUUCUCAUCCGACUCUGUCUGGACUCUCUCCUGGUCCCCUCUACUGCCCCCUCCUUCCCUUCCCUCUCCUCUCCUCUUUCCCUCACCUUCCCUCCUCUUCCCUCUCUCAAUCUCUUCCUUCUCUCCUACCUUGUUGUCCAUGUGCCAGCACCUCUCUCCUGCUCCUGUCUGAACCCUGAACAUUGACCUCUGACCCCUGAUCCCUCUGGAGGUCAGGAUGAGCUGGCUAAGCCGGCUGACCCCCCGGGGUCCGGGCAGGUCCAGUAGGAACGUAGCCCCUUCCAGUCCCUGUACUGCUGACCCAGAGACCUGCCUCAUGGUGUUCGAGAACCACUGGAGACAGUUGUCCUGGGUGCUGGAGCAGCAGGACCCGUCGGGAUGUAGCGAUGACCUCACCGCGGUGCGGAACCACACCGAUCAGAUGCUGUGCCUCCUGGCUGAAGAGCGACCGGGGGAAGUGGGCGAGGGCCCCCCCGGGACGUUAACUUCCGGAACGUCCCCGGUGGGACCCAUCCUGGGUCUGAUGGUGACAGAGAACGUCCUGGAGCGAGUGGUGCAGUGGCACCUGCGUCGCGGAUUGGACCCCGACAGCCAGGGGGCGUUACUCAAGCUGUUGGAGAUGCUGAUAGGCCAGUCUCGGCAACCCUUGCUCCAACACAAGGCGGUGCUGCAGCCUCUACUGGGUCUGCUGGGGGCCUGUGCUGAGCCCCAGCUGGGCUGCCCUCCCGCUCUGGAGAACAGCCUGGUGCUGCUGCUCAACCAGAUCUGUGUGUCCAUGGCGCGUGCCCCUGCGGUGUUGGAGCUGUUGUUUAGGUCUGCCCCGGCCCAACACGGUCCGACCAACCUGCUCAUCUUCUCCCUGCUGGUCCCCUUCAUCCACCGUGACGGAGCCAUCGGACAGCAGGCCCGAGACGCCCUGCUCCUCGUCAUGGCAACCUCCGCCAGCAACCAGGGCGUGGCACGCUACAUCGCAGAGAACUCCUACUUCUGCCCAGUGCUGGCCACGGGCCUCAGUGCUCUCUACUCCUCCCUGCCGAGGAAGAUAGAGGUACGGGGGGAUGACUGGCACGCUCUGCGCAGGGAGGACUGGAUGGGCGUGUCCUCUCUGGUGCUCUUCAUGAACUCUCUGGAGUUCUGUAACGCUGUCAUCCAGGUGGCUCACCCCCUGGUCCGCAGCCAGCUGGUCGACUAUGUUCACAACGGCUUCCUGGUCCCUGUCAUGGGACCCGCCCUACACAAGGUGGGGGGUCAUCGACAUAACGGACCACCUGUCUUGUCUGUCUGUUGUGUCAUUCUGUUUUGUCUUAACCACUUGCUAUGCUGUGCUGUCUCCUUUUCAGUGAAGAGCCGGAAACCUUCGCUAGGCGACCUGAUCAUGCGACACACCAACAGCCCCACGCGGGCACGCCACGCCGCCCAGCUUGCCCUGGCCCACGUACGAGACGGCGGCCAAUCGCUGCACAGUGCCCUGUUCCGGGGAGGGACUGGGGGAGGGGCGUCGGGGCUGGAGAAACAGGUGGAGGCUCUGAGGGUGAAGAACGCCGUCUACUGCGCCGUCAUCUUCUCUGAGUUUCUCAAGGAGCUGGCCGCUCUGGCCCAGGAGCACGCUGUCUCCAUGCCCUUCCUCCAGAGCCACGACACUGAGGAGUGAUGCUGUCAGUCUCCGUGCCCUUCCUGAGGAGUGAUGCUCCCAAUUCUGCGUCCCAGUUCUACACCAUCCUCCCAAUGUGUGGUCUUGCAGACUCCCCGUCAUUGUUUGAAAAGCAGUGGCUGAAGGCAUUUCUUUCCCUACCAUUUUAAAUCUAUGAUGGAAUGUGAUCUGGGAAAUGUCUGGACCCCCCAUGUCCACAAAACAUCUCAGAGUAUCAUCCGUUUUAAACUUUUAGAUCACAUGGACAGGUCCUAGACGGGCACCCCUCCUCUGAGACACUUUGUGGACGUGGAUUCUUUCCUUGGUGCAGCUACCGUUUACCCCCUCCCUCCUGCAGGGGGCAGAGGGGAGCACUGACAGGGCUGAGCGCUGCAGGGAAGAGACAAGAGGGAGUGGGCGGGGGGAAACAAGGUUAAUUCGGACAAUGAGAAAUCAAAGAAGAGAAUUGCAAUUGCUACAUGUGAAAGAGUAUUAAGUGAGAGACUACAAAACUCCUCUGUUGUGAGACUGUACAUAUCAUGUCAAUAUUAUUUAUGUGGAUAUAUACUAUGAACACUAACGCUCAGUACAUGUAGAUUUUAGAGGGUGGUCUGUAGUGUACAUGGGUACGUGGUGCUGAGUCAGCUCUUCCCACUCUCCUCUCUUUAGUAAAUGAUGCUUAUUAGACAUGUACCAGCUUAAAGGAGAACAAGGUUGAUGCUUCCGUCUUUGAGGAGAUUAGGCAACAACGACAACAAAAAGCCCCUCAACUUUCAUUUCGCUUUGCAGCGCAUCGCCUCAGCGUUGGAGAUUUAACAAGAAGGGAGGAAUGGGAGAGGAGGGUUCUGGGAAAGGGAAGGAAACCAGAGGACGGAGAUCCUCUGCAACUGUACUGGAAAACGUGUUCAUGUUUUAUCAUUCAUAUUUUGAAUUGAGUUGUAUUAUUUAUUUUCUAAAUGAAACCUUUUUAAGACAUAUCAAUGCCAUGUGGGAGUGGCAAAAUCUCAACGCGUGUGUGUGUGUGUGUGUGUGUGUGUGUGUGUGUGUGUGUGUGUGUGUGUGUGUGGUGGUGCAUGUAUUAGAAUGUCUCCCUUCUCAGAGGAACAAUAUCCAGUCAGUUGUCAGGCCUGCACCUGGUGUUGCCAUGGGAGAGGUGUGUUUCUGUUCUGGUGUUGCCAUGGGAAAGGUGUGUUUCUGUUCUGGUGUUGCCAUGGGAAAGGUGUGUUUCUGUUCUGGUGUUGCCAUGGGAAAGGUGUGUUUCUGUUCUGGUGUUGCCAUGGGAAAGGUGUGUUUCUGUUCUGGUGUUGCCAUGGGGAAGGUGUGUUUCUGUUCUGGUGUUGCCAUGGGAAAGGUGUGUUUCUGUUCUGGUGUUGCCAUGGGAAAGGUGUGUUUCUGUUCUGGUGUUGCCAUGGGAAAGGUGUGUUUCUGUUCUGGUGUUGCCAUGGGAAAGGUGUGUUUCUGUUCUGGUGUUGCCAUGGGAAAGGUGUGUUUCUGUUCUGGUGUUGCCAUGGGAAAGGUGUGUUUCUGUUCUGGUGUUGCCAUGGGAAAGGUGUGUUUCUGUUCUGGUGUUGCCAUGGGAAAGGUGUGUUUCUGUUCUGGUGUUGCCAUGGGAAAGAUGUCACUGCUCAGAAGGUUUAAAGUUGUGUUGUGGGACUGAGGUAGGAAAGGCUCAUCAGAGCACUAUAAUAUGCAGAAGGAUCAAUGAGAGCUAACAGCUAACUUCAAUAAACAACCAGAAAUAACUAGAGAUUUUCUUCCUCAUUGAAGACGUGCUCUGGAAUUUAAACUCCUACUCUGGGCUGGGUGUGUCAUUGUGUACUGCUGACAUGCAGAAUGACUAUUUUACCUCAAUUAGUCACAGAAAGCGACCGUUUUUAUGGAAUUAUGUUAUUUUUUUAUUUAGUUUAACCUUUAUUUAACUAGGCAAGUCAGAACAAAUUCUUAUUUACAAUGACUCUCUACCAAAAGGCAAAAAGGCCUCCUGCAGGGACGGGGGGUUAAAAAUAUAGGACAAAACGCAAGAGACACAACUCAACACUCGAUAAAGAGAGACCUAAGACAACAACAGAGCAAGGCAGCAACACGUGACAACAACACAUGGCAGCAGCACAAAACAGGGCACAAACAUUAUUGGGCACAGACAACGGCACAAAGGUCAGGAAGGUAGAGACAACAAUACAUCACGCGAAGCAGACACAACUGUCUGUAAGAGUGUCCAUGAUUGAGUCUUUGAAUGAACAGAUGGAGGUAAAACUGUCCAGUUUGAGUGUUUGUUGCAGCUCGUUCCAGUCGCUAGCUGCAGCGAACUGAAAAGAGGAGCGACCCAGGGAUGUGUGUGCUUUGGGGACCUUUAACAGAAUGGGACUGGCAGAACGGGUGUUGUAUGUGGGGGAUGAGGGCUGCAGUAGAUAUCUCAGAUAGGGGGAGUCAGGCCUAAGAGGAUUUUAUAAAUAAGCAUCUACCACUGUCUUGCAACGGGUAUACAGAGAUGACCAGUUCACAGAGAGUAUAGAGUGCAGUGAUGUGUCCUAUAAGGAGCAUUGGUGGCAAAUCUGAUGGCCAAAUGGUGAAGAACAUCUAGCCUCUCGACAGCACCCUAACCUGCCGAUGUAUACAUUUUGUCUCUGUAAUCUAGCAUGGUAGGAUGGUCAUCUGAAUCAGGGUUAGUUUGGCAGCUGGGGUGAAAGAGGAGCGAUUACGAUAGAGGAAACCAAGUCUAGAUUUAACCUUAGCCUGCAGCUUUGAUAUGUGCUGAGAGAAGGACAGUGUACCAUUUAGCCAUACUCCCAACUACUUGUAUGAGGCGACUACCUCAAGCUCUAAACUCUGAGGUAGAAGCUGUUCUGUCCGUUUUCCCCCAUGUGGGCCAGCCCCCUAGCAAUUAGAGUUAGGAGUUUCUGCUUGUUGAAUCCAUUUCAAGCUUUUCUUUCUAAAAAAAAAUUGUGAAAGUUAUUUCAGAGAAGUUAAGCAAAUUUAGCUGACUUACUCAAUGAUCCUGCUUUAUAGUAUGCCCUCACAGUAGUCUGAGAGAGACUGGGAGAAAACAGUGCUUGUUACAUUCAACCUCCCUUCUUUCUGAACUCUGCUGGGUUAGAUGGUUUGCCUCAGGACAGGAGAUAUUGGUUUAAUGUGACUACGGUUUGUCACAGUCUCUUCUUGUUUGCGUGAACUAAUCGGAUAUUCCCGUCCAUCAAAAUCUGUUGUUGUGCGCGUGAGAUACACUCAAGUCGAAAAUAACCAACCAGUUUUGUCUCUUAAAACCCUGAGAGAAAAAUAACCAACCAGUUUUGUCUCUUAAAACCCUGAGAGAAAAAUAACCAACCAGUUUUGUCUCUUAAAACCCUGAGAGAAAAAUAACCAACCAGUUUUGUCUCUUAAAACCCUGAGAGAAAUAGUCCCGAUCUCCUAAAGAACACUAGACCCAACAGCCACCGAUAACCUUGGAUUUAGCCUGCAUUAAACCCUGAUACUAAACUUUACAUAUCAGUUCAUAUACAGAGAUAAUAUACAGAAAUAAUAUAUAGAGAUAAUAACUCAUUACUUUUUGUCUCUGAGAUACUGAAGUAAAGAAGGAAGGGAAAAGGAAGUGUGUAGGAACUUUGACCUCGUCUGUUGCAGUGGAUCACAUAUUUCCCCAACUGACGGCCCGGCUCUAUAAAUGUUUUUAUAAUCGUCCCGCGACUGAAUCUGGUUGAUGGUCCCAGACAGAUUUAUUAUCAAUGUUGACCGCGUCAGUGUUGCAGUAGAUCACAUAUCUGUUAGCAUGUGUCAUGUUGAGCGUUGAGAAGCUAGCUAGGCUGUGCCCACACAGUGUUUUUGAGUUUUGCCAAGACACUUUAAUCACUUUAAUUUCAGUUUUUAUUAAAAAAUAACUGUUGCAGUUGUUUUAAGCGUGUGUGUGCAUGUGUGUGUGUGCGUGAAAGUCCAUCUCUAACCCAGCCUGUAUUGUCAUUGGCUUUACACAUACUUUCCUCGUCCCUGGUCGAUGAGUGAAACAACAAUGAUUUUGCCGUUGUGUUCGGAGAUCUAUAUCAGAACUGAAAUGGAUAAGCCAAAUGAAUAACACAUAUUCUUCAAGUCACCCCUCACAGCUUCAACCACGUCCAGUGUCUCUAGGAAGACCUACACGGGUCAGAUAUUUGUCCCUGAGAUGUCUGGGAUAUCCCAGGAUCCCCUUUAAUUUCACCUUUUUUUUCUUUCUUCUCAUUGUGCAACUUCACUUCUGACUGUUUAUUUAAAAAAUUUGAAAAUGUGUUCUACAUGUUCUUGAUUUGUCACAGAAGGCAGUUGUAAAGCAGGUCCCAUCUUACAGCCGUACAACACAUUCUGUAUGAACACUUCUCCCAAUUAACGUUGUAAUGAUUCAUUUAAUCAGUCCAGUCAUCUUUGUCUGAUUGAUUGUUUUUUUUUUACAGAAAAUUAAUACAUUUUUACAUGAAGA